CCGCAUUCGCUACACUGGCUUUGCCCGCCGACGGAACCAAAACCCCAAGAGUUUAAUCACCUAACCUCACAGAAACCCCCGAAAAUCCACGAUGGCCCAGACGAUUCAGAUGACCAACGAGCAGCUCCGCGAGCUGAUCGAAGCGGUUAGGAUUUCCGCGGUGAGUGCCGCCGGAAAUGCAGCGGCAGCCGGAGGAGCAGAUGCCCAGGGCGCCAAGGCCAAGGGCAGUUUCUCGGCGUGCACACACAACUUCGGCGGAACCCGGGAUCAUGACGUGGUCGAGGAGUUCAUCACCAACAUCGUGACGUACAAGGAGCUGGAGAACAUCAGCGACGAGAACGCCCUCAAGGGCAUCUCGCUGCUGUUCUACGGACUGGCGAGCACCUGGUGGCAGGGCGUCCGCAAGGAGGCCACCACCUGGAACGACGCCAUCGCCCUGAUCCGCGAACACUUCUCGCCCACGAAGCCCGCCUACCAGGUCUACAUGGAGUUCUUCCAGAACAAGCAGGAGGACCACGACCACAUCGACACCUUUGUGGUCCACAAGCGAGCGCUGCUGGCCCAGCUGCCCAGCGAUCGCCAUGACGAGGAGACGGAGCUGGAUCUGCUCUACGGCCUGCUGAACAUCAAGUACCGCAAGCACAUCUCGCGCCAGACGAUCCAGUCCUUCAAGGACCUCCUCGAGCAGGGCCGCAUCAUCGAGCACAACAACCAGGAGGACGAGGAGCUGGCCGCCACUUCGAAGAAUACCCGUGGCUCCAAGCGCACCACCCGCUGCACCUACUGCAGCUUCAGGGGCCACACCUUCGAGCACUGCCGCAAGCGUCAGAAGGAUCGGCAGGAGGAGAAUCACGACGAUUAGGUGGCCACAAGCAACCCGAGGCAGCCAUCGCCACAUGA